ACAAGGAACCAGCUUAAGGCAAAAGACAAAGCCAAACGCUCCCACAAUGGCGAUCUCACGCGCCUCCUUUGCCAUUUGCCUCAUCCUCUCCUUGGUUACCAUUGCCACCGCCGAUUACUACUCUCCCUCAUCUCCUCCGGUUUACAAAUCACCGGAACACAAACCCACCCUUCCACCUCCGGUUUAUACUCCACCUGUUUACAAGCCUACCCUUCCUCCUCCAGUCUACACUAAGCCAACUAUCCCUCCUCCGGUUUACACCCCACCGGUUUACACUAAGCCAACUAUCCCUCCUCCGGUGUACACCCCACCGGUUUACAAGCCUACUCUCUCACCUCCGGUUUACACUAAACCAACUAUCCCUCCACCGGUUUACACCCCACCGGUUUACAAGCCUACUCUCUCACCUCCGGUUUACACUAAACCAACUAUCCCACCUCCGGUUUACACCCCACCGGUUUACAAGCCUACACCCUCGCCUCCCGUCUACAAAACGUCUCCAAGCUAUUCUUCUCCUCCUCUUCCAUAUGUACCAAAGCCAACCUACACUCCACCCACCAAGCCCUACGUCCCAGAGAUUCUUAAGGCUGUUGAUGGCAUCGUCCUAUGCAAAAACGGCUACAAAACCUACCCUAUUCUAGGAGCAAAGGUACAGAUCGUGUGCUCCGACCCAUCAUCAUACGGGAAAAACAAGAACGAGGUUGUCAUCUACAGUAAUCCCACUGACUCUAAGGGAUACUUCCACGUCUCCUUGACCGACAUCAAGGAUCUAGCUCACUGCCGUGUCAAGCUUUACACAUCUCCGAUCGAGACUUGCAAGAACCCGACAAAUGUCAACAAGGGUCUUACAGGAGUUCCCUUGUCGUUGUACGGAUACCGUUUCUACUCCGACAAAAACUUGAAGCUCUUCAGCGUCGGACCUUUCUACUACACCGGUCCUAAGGCUGCUCCCGCCACUCCCAAAUAUUGAUCGUGAUGAUCAUAUUAUUAUGAAUAUGAUGAUCAUCUUCCUUGCAUGCAUGCAUUAUAUGAGAUGUCACUUAAAUCAAAUUUUUUUUUCCUCCUUCAAAAUGUUCAUUUGUUUGUUUGUUUGUUCCGAAUCUUCCGAUUCCAUUUGAUACGCUGCAUUCCCAAUGCAAUCUAUCUUUUUGGUUAUGCUUUUUAUUUUAUACAAUAAAAUUGUAAGAAUAACAUCAAUUAAUGUUUGAUUAUGCGAUUACUUA